CUUUUUGACAGUUAAAUGACAGUAUAAUUUAACAUUAAAAUAUUUCAUAUAGCAAAGCCGGUUCUGUGCUGGGCGGUGUGCUUGGAACUUGGAACAAAAACCGGUCGGCAGGUUCGGUCGACGUUCGAUGCUCGAAGAGUAGCGCGCAUCGCACACGCAGCGAAAAAGCAAGGAAUACAAACUGUGCGUGCCUGGGAGGUGGCGCCCUCUGCUGGCAUGCGUUGAAACUCACGCACCCUCGGUCGGCACAAGUCGGGCGCCGCACAGUGCGCGAACGGCGACAAGAGGCGACGACGGCGAGGAUCGCGUAAACGUCGGGGUUGCAAGCAAAUACGCGAGCUGCGAUCACAAAAUUUCGCCUUCUCAGCGUAUCAAAACCGCCGCUGCAGAGACAAACCAUCAUCGCAAUUACAUCUUCAUUCCUCUGUGUGCUGUGUGGUUGAAGAAUCGUGCGCGUUCCGAGAGUGCACCGCGCGGAAAGCUCUAGUGUUCUCUGGCAUUCUUCGGAUUUCAAAAUGGAGUAUCCGCCGAGGCGCUGAACCACUACACGGCGCACCGCCGGGCGGCGAUCGUGAGGGUGCUGCGUUUCCUUCCGGGAUACACAACGUCUAGGAAAACAACUCUGAAACAAAAGUUGUGUGCAAACGUGCCGUUUGUGCGUGAUUUUCUUGUGAAGCCGACAAGCGGCGAAUUGUUAUUGUUCGACCGUGUGCCGUGUGCUCGGAUGCUGGCGCAAUGAUGACCUCGGCGUAGCUGGAAUUCUUACGCACAUUAUCAGUGAUGACGGUGAUUGUGAACGCCGGUGUCAUGCACGCGGCGUCCCGAUGCUGGUAAGCUGCCUUCUCUGGCUGGCGGUGGCCGCCGCCGGAUGGCACCGCCCCGUCGGCGGCGGCGUGCUCGUCGCGCAAUUCCCCUCGCCCGGCCAUCCGCCUCCCGACCCGCAACAACUAUGGUUCUCGCACUUGGUAGUAGACCCCGCCACGGGCCGGGUUUACGCCGCCGCCACCAAUCGCCUCCUGCAGCUCACCGCCAACCUCACGCUGGAGCAGCGCCUCAUCACCGGUCCCAAGAACGACAGCCUCUCGUGUCAUGCGACAGGAUGCGUGGAUGCCGAGAUACCCACCACGCUCAUGGACAACUUCAACAAGAUCCUGCUUGUGGAACCAGAAUCACGCGUUCUCAUCGCUUGCGGGUCGAUCAGUCAAGGUGCAUGUUAUAAAUACAAACUGAAUAACGUGGCUGCUAAAGGCGAGUUCAUACCGAAGAGUAUAGCUGCGAAUGACCCAAUGGCAUCCACAUAUGCAUACAUAGGUCCCAGACGGUACAACCAAUGGGCAAGGUCGGAUAUUAUGUACGUGGGGACAACCUUCACCAAUAAUGGGGAAUAUCGUCAUGAUGUGCCGGCUAUCUCCAGCAGGGAUUUGGAUACCCUGGAUUUUGCAGAGUAUUCUUUCAGUAAACAGUCCCUGGUGAAUAUUGACGUCAAGUACAGGGACCACUUUUUGGUCCAGUAUGUUUACGGGUUCAACGCGACGGACUACGCGUACUUUGUCAUCGUCCAGAAACAAAGUCACCUCCCUGGUCAGGAAGAGCAGGGUUACGUCUCGCGAUUAGCACGUACUUGUAUCAACGACGCUAAUUACGACAGCUACACCGAGGUUACACUUCAGUGCCAAGAUGGCGAUCGGCAGAAAUACAAUCUAGUACAGGAUGCGAAACUUGCCACCGCUGGCACUGAACUAGCAGCUUCCCUAGGCAUCCAACCGGGGUCUUUGGUACUGGUUGCAGUUUUCAGACCUUCUAAGGGUAUCACCAAUGAACCACAGACAAACUCCGCGUUGUGUUUGUACCCACUGCGCGAAAUAGAAGCCAAAUUCAACGAGAAUAUCCAUAUGUGUUUCAAUGGCAGUGUCAAGUAUCGUAACAUGGGGUAUGUUUCGGGACCCAUUCAAGAUGGCAAAUGUCCAUCAGCAGGUAAUGCUGGUAACGUGCCGAACUUUUGCGAGGCGGGCUUGAAGAUUUCGGGGGUCACUCCGAUUGUCACGAAUGCAGCGUUGGUCUUCAAUGGCACUUCGUUAUCGGCUGUUGCGACUGCUUCGACUGGUAGACAUGUUCUGGCGUUUUUGGGGACUUCGGAUGGGAGGAUAAAGAAAGUGUUGUUGUCGGCGCCUUCGCCCGCCGAGUAUGAAGAGGUGAUUGUUGAUGACGGUAAUGCAAUCCUGCCAGACACUACGUUAUCACCCAACGGGGAUUAUUUAUACGUUCUAAGUACAUCGAAGAUCUCAAAGAUUAACGUAGAACAUUGUAGCAGCUAUACGAAUUGUUCCUCAUGUCUAGAAUCUAAGGAUCCGUACUGCGGUUGGUGUUCAUUAGAGAAAAGGUGUACGGUUAGGAGUGCUUGCCAGAAAGCAUCGCAUAGUUCCCCGCGUUGGUUAUCCCUGGGCACGGGCCAGCAAUGCAUUGACUUCGAACAAGUGCUACCAGAUCGUAUCCCGUCGAAUCAGAUGACUUCAGUGCGGUUGACAAUACGCACCCUGCCUGAAUUACCCUACGGCGCAAAAUACAAGUGUGUUUUUGGUAAUGCGGAACCCAUCGACGCAGUGUUAGCCAACGAAGGUCUCUCCUGUUCCACGCCUGACAUUGCCAGCCGGCCACCUAUUCCCCCUAAACAGGACCAUAUUUUGGUACCGCUGAGUGUCCGCUCGUCCGAAACGAACAAAGAUUUUGUUUCUCGUAAUUUUGCUUACUAUGACUGUUCUAAACACACAAAAUGUUUGGACUGUGUGCAGUCACAAUGGGCAUGCAACUGGUGCGUGUACGAGAAUAAAUGCACUCAUAAUACCUCAGCGUGUCAACGGACUGUCAUCAGCGGAGAUAAUAAUCAUCAAAAGUUGCCAAAUCAUGGCGCAGCAUACUGUCCACGCUUCAAAAGCAAAGGCAUGUUCCUGCUGCCAAACAACGUGCCCAAAGAGAUGAUCUUUGAAGUCGAGAAUCUGCCACAUCCUCAAGCCGGCCAUACAGGUUUCCAGUGCAUAACUAACAUCGAAGGUGCUAAGAUGUUAGUGCCCGCGCGAGUUGACUCGAAUCGAUUCAUUGUCUGCGAGAAGCGCAUUUAUUCCUAUGAAGCCAACACCGGCGAGUACGAAGCAAGUGUGAAAGUGGUCUGGAACCGCAAUCAUCACAUUGACUCCAUGAACGUUGUUCUGUACAAGUGCGAUAUUCUGGGUUCACAUCGUGAGCACGCGGAUUGUUCGCUCUGCGUUACACGCAACUCGAAAUAUCAAUGCACAUGGUGUGGGACUUCAUGCACAUACAGUGAAAGCUGUAUGGAAACACCGCAUGUUGAAUGCCCCAAGCCUCGGAUUGAUAUGAUCAAACCCCUGAGUGGACCUAUCGAGGGUGGGACAUUGGUCACCAUAGAAGGUAGUAAUUUAGGCCUGAAACGUGAUGAUGUUGCGGGAAAGAUUCGCAUCGGGAAUGUCCCCUGCGAGUUGAUCAAUUAUGCUGUAUCUGUGAGGAUUCAAUGCAUUACUGGUCCUUCUCCACUGGAAACAACUGCGCCAAUUAUUGUCGGCAACGAGGCUGGUUUCACCGAAUCAUCCGUAGAGUUUAGUUAUAAAGAUAUACGCCUACAGAGUCUAUUUCCUACAAUUGGUCCCCAAUCAGGUGGUACUCAGUUAGCCAUUACUGGUCAAUAUCUUAACAUAGGGUCUGAAAUCACCGCGUAUCUUGACGAUUACAUCUGUGAAGUUAACCUCACUCAAGCGUCUAGUACCCGAUUGACUUGUAUAACCUCCAAAGCUGCGCGUCCCACUCACGUUGCCAAGGUAACGCUGAGUAUAGAUGGCGCUAACAGGACAUUGGAGGGUAAUCCAUUUAAUUACACCCAGGAUCCAACGAUUAUGGAAAUUAAACCGUUGACAAGUUUUGCUUCCGGCGGCCGGAUGAUUUACGUGCAUGGUAGUAAUCUUGAUAGUAUACAAAAACCUGAGAUGGAAGUCUACGCCACCAAUGAUCCUAUUCCGGUGAACAAAACUAUUUGUAAGGUUUUGAAUGUUAAUUUAAUGGAGUGUCCCAGUCCGGCAGUGAAUCAACUCUUUUACGCGUCAAAUAUGCAUACGGGGAGAACAAAACGGUCCCUUCAUAAACAUUCCACGACACCUGAACAGCAACUGCUUUUACGCAUUGCUUUCGUGAUGGAUACGGUGAUGUCCGUGAGAAAUCUCGAGAAACACUUUACUAAUCUGCGCUCGCAGUUGCUGUUUGUAGAAGAUCCGAAAUUCCUGCGCUUCUAAAACGAAGUUAAGUUGUAUAAGGGUGAUACUCUUGUGAUUGAAGGAGAGAAUCUCAACAUGGCGUCGGAUGAAACCGAUGUUAUUGUUACGAUUGGUCCAAGGCAGUGUAACGUCACUAGUUUAGCCAUGACACAACUUGUAUGUUCACCACCUGAGCAACAACCAAUGGCAACUGAUGAAAACGCCAUUCGGACUGAUGCUUCACUCCCAUUGGUUGUAGUCAGAGUAGGCCGGAGUUUACGAUUUCCCAUAGGGUAUCUUCGAUAUGACGUCCUCAAACCAUUUUCACUCCCACCGGAAGCCAUCUUCAUGAUUCUAGCCGGCGUGGCGCUGUUCGUAAUAUUCUUCAUCGCCAUUUUGAUAGUAUAUAGAAGGAAAAGCACGCAAGCAGAGCGCGAGUACAAACGCAUCCAGAUUCAGAUGGAUACGCUGGAAAGUAAUGUCCGGUUUGAGUGUAAGCAGGCGUUCGCUGAACUGCAGACCGAUAUGACUGAUCUCACCGCUGAUCUUGAGAAUUCAGGUAUUCCCACAUUGGAUCACACUAGUUAUAUCAUGAAGGUAUUCUUUCCUGGUGUAAGCGCGCAUCCAAUUCUCAACUCGCCCAAAGCCCGGUUGAAUGGUCCGAGGACGAACUACGAUGCAGCCAUGUUGCACUUCGAGCAGUUGAUCAACAACAAACACUUUUUACUGAGAUUCAUCGAGACAUUGGAAUCGCAGAAGACUUUUAAUAUUAGGGACAAAGUGAAUGUUGCAUCACUGCUAAUGGUGGUACUCAUGGACAAGAUGGAGUACGCUACGGACAUCCUCAAGUGCUUACUAAUCCGCUUGAUGGAGAAAUCAGUCAGUAGUAAACAUCCACAACUGAUGCUGCGUCGAACAGAGAGCGUUGUGGAGAAAAUGCUCACCAACUGGAUGGCGCUCUGCAUGUACUCCUAUCUGAAAGAAUACGCAGGUUCUUCUCUGUUCCUGUUGUUCAAGGCCAUCAAACAUCAAAUCGAAAAGGGUUUAGUUGAUGCCAUCACGCAUGAUGCUCGGUAUUCCCUUUCCGAGGAACGUCUGCUACGUGAACAGAUAGAACACGGCGGUGUUACGCUGCACAUCGUUCAGGAUGACCUCGACGAGAAGAUUCAGUGUAAAGUGUUGGAUUGCGACACCAUUUCACAGGUCAAAUCGAAGAUUCUUGACGCGUUGUAUAAAAACACGCCAUUCUCGCUGCGCCCUUCAAUUUACGAAGUUGAUCUCGAAUGGCGGCACGGCCGCGGUGGUCAUCUCACACUCCAGGACGAAGAUGUCACAACGAAAACCCUGAACGGUUGGAAGAAGCUAAACACGCUGGCGCAUUACGGCGUCAAGGAAUCCGCAGUGAUGUCGCUUAUCUCCAGACAGAACGAUAGCUUCAAUAAUUGUAAGCAGCCGUGCCAUAACUGUGUGUCCGGGAUAUACUACAACAAUGCGCAAAUGCCCAUCAUACCCACCAACGGAGACGUUGAAAUCGGAAUGAAUCCGCGUAUCUAUCAUCUUGUGAAACCCGUGAAUGAUGAGAAUCACUACUCGACGAAGUGUUCGACCACGGAGCGAACGCACAAGGCUAUUCCGGAGAUCUUCCUCACGAGGUUGUUAGCGACCAAGGGUACCGUACAAAAGUUUGUCGAUGACUUCUUCAACACGAUUCUCACAGCCAACGAGGCGUUGCCACCGGCGGUGAAAUGGUUGUUUGACCUGCUGGACGAAGCGGCCUUGCAGCAUGGUAUUCAGGAUAUGCAGGAGGUGGUGCACGCGUGGAAAUCCAACAGUCUUCCGUUGCGGUUCUGGCUGAACUUCAUCAAGAAUCCGGAUUUUAUCUUCGACAUUAACAAAACGGCGACGUUGGAUUCUUGUCUGUCGGUGAUCGCUCAGACGUUCAUGGAUUCCUGCUCCACUACGGAGCAUCGCUUGGGAAAGGAUUCACCAUCGAAUAAACUACUUUUCGCAAAGGAUAUUCCACGGUAUCGCGAAAUGGUGAGUCAGUUCUACCGUAGUAUCUCUGACCAGCAUACCAUCACAGACCAGGAGAUGUCUUCGGCAAUGCAGUUGUUAUCAACGCAGCACGCCGAGGAGUUUGAUACUGUAGCAGCUCUGAAAGAGCUUUAUAUCUAUGUCGCAAAGUAUAGAGAUCAGAUUUACGAAUCACUUGAAUGUGAUCUAGCGUGCAAUCGACAGCACCUCGCGCAUCGACUGGAGAUCGUGGCGUGCACUUUGGGCGGUGCCGACGAUGGCACCGGGUGCUGACCGUAGACUCUGCCCCGCUACACUGCCGCCGCCCCCCGCAACCACUUCAACUUCGACUUCAAUUAUAACGAGUUUUAAGCGUGCUCCACUGUGAUAUUAGCGCAAACGAUCAAAGGUGACUGACUGUGCGUCGUUUACGGACACGUUACUUAAGCCCGCCCCCUGACACAACCGAAAGAAAUGAAGCUAAAACAUAAACCCCAAUGCAAAACUUUGACAUUGUCUCAUCGAAAUAUCGCGUCGUACGAUCGUCUACCAACAGACUACUUAAAUAAAAAUGAGAGAAAAUGUCCAGAAUGACAGUUCCUGCCGCCAUUUUGCACACCAAAUUCGUCAAUUGCCAUUUUUGCCUCGCCAUAUUGUACAUUAAACAAUUGACGAUCGAGCGACGUGGAUACACUUAAGAAAUGGCGUUGGGCCGACAUAUUUGACAUUCGAUGGCAUAGUUUUUAUUGUUUAGUGUGAUUCGACUUUCAAUUGGCAAUGGCGUUCGAGCAGCUUUAAUAAUAUUAGUUCGAAAUAAAUUGGGAAACGUCUCAAAUGCAUCGAAUACGGCCUAGAAUCAACCGAGGGUGAUCCGAAUUUAAUUUAUUUCUUAGCUUGUAAGCGAACGACUGUUAUGUUAACCUCCUCUCGACUGUUUUCUAUUUUUUAUACUUUUAUAUAUGAUUUCCCCACGCCCCCGCGCAUUGCCAAUCGAAAUAAUGCCGCCCCCAUUCUGAUAUCGUUUCUAUUUUUGCAUACGACACCCUGUAUGCAGGCAAAUAUUUAUCAUGUGAGUGUAACUGAGGUACGCCUACUGCGCGUGCGCAGCACGUGUGUUUCGUCGACGUCCAGUGCGUAUGUUCGUUUUACUAAUUGAUUUUGUAAAGGUAAUUAACUCAAGCGCUAGGUACCACGCGUAUUAAUGACAUUUUGACUAUUUUUUGUACAUAACUGAAUAUUGAAUUGUGCAUAUAACUAUAUUGUAUUAGGAGAUGUCUCAUUGUAAGUGAAGCGAGGAAACGAGAAACAAAAUGGCGCAAACGAACAAAUCGGCCACAUGAAACAAAAACACACCCAACACAACCAAUGAGAAGUAACACUAUUAUAUAGGGUGCAGCGUCAAGAUGCUGCAGCUGCCGACUCGUAAUGUAAACAAUUUUAAGAAACUUCGAUAUUUUAUUAGAGAUUGUGUUUAGCGGAUAAGGUUUCUAACCGUACGAUUUAACUUAACGAAAAACAAACAAAAAUACUUGGAAAUCUUAAGAGAUUGUACAUAUACACUUUCAUUUUCUCCGGGUUUUCUCGCUCCACACACGCCCCGGGGUGGGAAAACACAACGAUGUAUCGGUUUUUACAUUAUUACAAGAAUACAAUUUUAAAGUAUA